AUGUUGUCACGAGCAAGAAUUACACAAAACCAACAUAUGCACGUGAUAGGGCGCCAGACCCUACUUAGAGAUGAGAAUGAUGAGAAUGAUAAUGAUGAAAUAGAUGAUAAGAUAAAGAAGUUUAACAGCUCAUUCGAUAUUUCAAGCAACUGGACAAAAGCAUAUUUUUUGAUAAGAACAAAAGGACUUGAGGCUUCACCUAUUGAAAAUUACGAAAAUGCUCCAAAUCAAAGAGUGAAUGUAAUGAAACAGCAUGGCUACAUUCCCAUCGGACUAAGUAUUACAAGAAGAAGCAGUUGA